ACCUCCCUACCGUACAGGCGGCUCCGCGCUCCGCCCUCAGUCCAGGACGUCGAGCGGAGCCAGAAGCUCCUGGGCUCCACCAAGAAGAUCAAUGUCAACUUUCAGGACCCAGAUGGCUUCUCUGCCCUGCACCAUGCGGCCCUGAAUGGCAACACGGAAUUGAUCACCCUGCUGCUGGAAGCCCAGGCUGCUGUGGACAUCAAGGACAACAAAGGCAUGCGGCCACUGCACUACGCGGCCUGGCAGGGCCGGAAGGAGCCCAUGAAGCUGGUGCUAAAGGCAGGCUCGGCGGUGAACAUCCCAUCAGACGAGGGCCACAUCCCCCUUCACCUAGCGGCCCAGCACGGUCACUAUGAUGUGUCCGAGAUGCUGCUGCAGCACCAGUCCAACCCAUGCAUGGUGGACAACUCGGGGAAGACACCUCUGGACUUGGCCUGUGAGUUCGGCCGCGUUGGGGUGGUCCAGCUGCUCCUGAGCAGCAACAUGUGUACAGCCUUGCUGGAGCCCCGGCCGGGGGACACCACUGACCCCAAUGGCACCAGCCCCUUGCACCUGGCAGCCAAGAAUGGCCACAUUGACAUCAUCAGACUUCUCCUCCAAGCUGGCAUUGACAUUAACCGCCAGACCAAGUCUGGCACGGCCCUGCACGAGGCUGCACUGUGCGGGAAGACAGAAGUGGUUCGGCUGCUGCUGGAUAGUGGCAUCAAUGCCCAUGUGAGGAACACAUACAGCCAGACAGCCCUGGACAUCGUACACCAGUUCACCACGUCCCAGGCCAGCAAGGAGAUCAAACAGCUGCUGCGAGAGGCCUCGGCGGCUCUGCAGGUCCGGGCAACCCAAGAUUAUUGCAACAAUUAUGAUCUGACCAGCCUCAACGUGAAAGCUGGGGAUAUCAUCACAGUCCUUGAGCAGCAUCCAGAUGGUCGGUGGAAGGGCUGUAUCCAUGACAACCGGACAGGCAAUGACCGGGUGGGCUACUUCCCAUCCUCCCUGGGCGAGGCCAUUGUCAAGCGAGCAGGUUCCCGAGCAGGUGCUGAACCAAGCCCACCCCAGGGAGGCAGCUUGUCAGGACCCUCUGCACCCCCUGAAGAGAUCUGGGUGCUGAGGAAGCCUUUUGCAGGUGGAGACCGCAGUGGCAGCUUGAGCAGUGUGGCUGUUGGCAGGAGCAGUGGUGCCCACACCCUGCACGCAGGCUCCGAAGGGGUCAAGCUCUUGGCAACAGUGCUCUCCCAGAAAUCCAUUUCCGAAUCCAGCCCUGGGGACAGCCCUGUCAAGCCUCUGGAGGGCUCUGCAGGUGCAGCCCGGUCCCAGCCUCCAGUGGCCCAUGCUGGGCAGGUCUAUGCGGAACUGCCAUCCAAGAAGCUAGAGCCAGCAUCGGAGGGCAAGAGUGCUGAGGCUGUUAGCCAGUGGCUCGCCACAUUCCAGCUGCAGCUGUAUGCCCCCAACUUCCUCAGUGCCGGCUAUGACCUGCCCACCAUCAGCCGCAUGACCCCUGAGGACCUCACUGCCAUCGGGGUCACUAAGCCAGGCCACCGGAAGAAGAUCACAGCAGAGAUCAGCAGCCUCAGCAUCCCCGACUGGCUGCCUGAGCACAAACCUGCUAACCUGGCCGUGUGGCUGUCUAUGAUCGGCCUGGCCCAGUACUACAAGGUGCUGGUGGACAAUGGCUAUGAGAACAUCGACUUUAUCACUGACAUCACCUGGGAGGACCUGCAGGAGAUUGGAAUCACCAAGCUGGGACACCAGAAGAAGCUGAUGCUGGCAGUGAGGAAACUGGCAGAGUUGCAGAAGGCAGAGUACGCCAAGUAUGAAGGGGGACCUCUGCGCCAGAAGGCACCGCAGUCCCUUGAAGUGAUGGCCAUUGAGUCACCGCCCCCACCUGAACCUGCCCCAGCUGAUUGCCAGUCUCCGAAGAUGACCACUUUCCAGGACAGCGAGCUCAGUGGUGAGCUGCAGGCUGCCAUGACUGGCCCUGCAGAGGGGGCUGCCACCCCUGCUGCCGAGAAGCCUUCCAACCACCUGCCACCCACCCCAAGGGCCUCUAUGCGUCAGGAGCCCAGCCUGGGUGGGAGGGCACGACACAUAAGCAGCUCUCAAGAGUUGCUGGGUGAUGGGUUCCCUGGGCCUGGCAGCCCUAUGUCACGAAGCCAGGAGUACCUACUGGAUGAGGGUCCAGCCCCUGGUACUCCACCCAAGGAGGCUCGGCCCAGCCGCCAUGGCCAUAGCAUCAAGCGGGCCAGUGUGCCCCCAGUGCCUGGCAAGCCACGGCAGGUCCUUCCACCAGGUGCCAGCCCCUUCACACCCCCCCAGACUCCCACUAAAGCUCGGCCAGGUUCCCCCCAGGCCCUGGGGGGGCCUCAUGGUCCAGCCCCAGCCACAGCCAAGGUGAAGCCCACUCCACAGCUGCUGCCACCAAUGGAGCGACCCAUGUCGCCCCGCUCACUGCCUCAGUCACCCACACACCGAGGCUUUGCCUAUGUGCUGCCGCAGCCCGUGGAGAGUGAGGCAGGGCCAGCUCCUCCUGGGCCUGCAUCCACUCCUGCACCUGCACCUGCACCUGCACCUGCACCUGCACCUGUGCCCAUGCUGUGUCUGCCUCCUGAGGCCGAUGUGGAGCCAGGGCGGCCCAAGAAGCGCGCCCACAGCCUGAAUCGCUAUGCAGCGUCUGACAGCGAGCCAGAGCGGGAUGAGCUGCUGGUGCCAGCUGCUGCGGGGCCCUAUGCCACAGUCCAGCGGCGUGUAGGUCGCAGCCACUCAGUGCGAGCACCUGCUGGUGCUGACAAGAACGUCAACCGCAGCCAGUCCUUUGCUGUGCGUCCCCGAAAAAAGGGGCCCCCACCACCUCCGCCUAAGCGCUCUAGCUCAGCAAUGGCCAGCGCCAACAUGGCUGAUGAGUCAGCACCUGAUGCUGAGACCAAGGGAGCUGGGACUGAGGAUGGCCAGCUAGGGGUCCGGGCACAGCGCCGGCGGGCUAGUGACCUAGCUGGCAGUGUGGACACAGGCAGUGCUGGUAGUGUGAAGAGCAUCGCAGCCAUGCUCGAGCUGUCAUCCAUUGGGGGUGGGGGCCGGGUGGCCCGUAGGCCCCCUGAGGGCCACCCCACACCUCGCUCUGACAGCCCAGAGCCAGGCCGGGUGGCAACAGUGUUGGCUUCUGUAAAGCACAAGGAGGCUAUUGGGCCUGAUGGAGAGGUGGUGAACCGGCGCCGCACGCUCAGUGGGCCUGUUACAGGACUUCUGGCCACUGCCCGCCGGGGGCCUGGGGAACCUGCGGGGCCUGUAGAUCAUGGCCACUUUGUGGAGGAUGGCACUGCCCGGCAGCGGCCUAGAGGUCCAGCCAAGGGAGAGGCAAGUGGGGAAGGCCCUCCCUUGGCCCGGGUGGAGGCCAGUUCCACGCUGAAGAGGCGCAUUCGAGCCAAGCAGAGCCAGCAGGAGAAUGUCAAGUUCAUCUUGACUGAGUCCGACACGGUCAAACGCAGGCCCAAGACCAAGGAGCGGGAGGCAGGUCUGGAGCCACCUCCAUCACUGUCAGUGUACCAGAAUGGCACUGGCACUGUGCGCCGCAGACUGGGCUCUGAGCAAGCUGGACCCCUGGAGCUGCCCCCACCACCCCCACCUGCCGAGUCCCCACCCUCUGACCGGAUGCACUUGCCCGCGCUACCCCCACCAGACAGUGAUGCCCGGAAGCCAGCCAAGCCACCUGUCUCUCCUAAGCCAGUCCUGGCUCAGCCGGUGCCCAGGAUCCAGGGGUCACCCACGCCUGCCUCCAAGAAGGUGCCCCUGCCAGGUCCUGGCAGCCCAGAGGUGAAAUGUGCCCAUGCCGCCGCCUCUGGGCCCCCUGCCACGUCCGAGGGCGCCUUGCUUGGGGACAGCGCCCGGCAGAAGCUGGAGGAGACCAGCGCAUGCCUGGCGGCCGCGCUGCAAGCCGUAGAAGAAAAGAUCCGGCAGGAGGACGCCCAGGGCCUGCGCCCCUCCGCCACAGAGAAGAGCACGGGCAGCAUCCUGGACGACAUCGGCAGCAUGUUUGAUGACCUUGCAGACCAACUGGACGCCAUGCUGGAGUGAUGCAGCCCACGUUGGGCCCACUCAUUCUACCUGGGCUCCGGCUGCACACUGACCUUUACCUCAGGAUGGGCAUCUCUGGGCACGGCGCAAAUGGGCAGGGUGCAGGGGACAGCCUGCCAGGGCCACGAGGCGGGGGUGGAUCGUGCUGCCCAGUCCCUGCACAAGCACAACUCCUGCCCCCUGGGCCCAGGCAGGAUGCCCAGCUUGGAAGACUGCCUGCCCUAGGGACCCAAGGGCUCUGGACAGAUGCUGCUGCCCUGUGGGUGCCCGUCCCUGUCUGCUGCUCCCUGUGCAAUAACUGCUGGGCCACCUGCCCACUCACCACCAGGCUCUGCCCACUGUGUAGAGGAGGGGCAGCCCCUGGCACCCCUGCCCUGAGUCCAUGCUGGGCCCACCCUGGGAGGUAGUGGGAGGGGGGGCAGCCAUGCUAGCCCCCUCCCCAAUCAGUGGCAGAGCACAGGCCUAUGCCCAGCACAGAACUGCCCAUUGGGGACCUCUGCCAGCUGCUCUGGCACAGCACAAGGGGUUGGGGUCAGGACCCCUGCCCCACUCUACCCCACAGAAUAUAAGCUAUUGAGAGUAUUAAUUUAUUGGGAAUGAGCUGAGGCAGAUUUCCCUACAGAAACAAAAAGGUAUAACUUUAACGAAUAUAUAUUUAAAGAAAGAAAAAAUAUUAUUGAUUCUAUAGAAAACCAUUUACCAACUGCAAGGACACUGGAGUCUAGCUCGAGACAAAAGCUGUUAGAGGCCCCGGCCACUGUCAGUCCUUCCUUCCCUUUAUCCAGGAGUGGCCAGACCCCUGGUCCAGUAGCACAAACAGUAGGCUGGGGUCUAGGGAAGGGUCUCUGCUCCACCAGGGCCUCCCUCUGCUCUCUCUCCUAACUUCUCUGUGUCUGAAGAACUCGAAGGAUGUGCCUUGCUGCUGGGCUGUGUCCUCCACGCCGUGGAGACGGUGGGGAGGGCUCCCUCCUUUCUGGGGGGUGCUGCUGUAAAGGUCUGCCUGGGUUUCCGGGGAGCUGUGUGCACAGCAUGAAGUGGUGGGUCAGCCAGAUGACAGCAGUCGGUGCAGGGAGUGCAUGCCAGGCUGCGUGUGGCGCGUGUGAAAGUGUGCCUGACUCUCCCUCCCCAGGCCCCAAGUAGGCAGCCAGCCCACCCCCAUCUGAAUUCCCACGGAUGCUUCUGCUCAUGGUCCAAGGCUGUGUCGUGUGGUUGUUCUCGCCCUCUCUCUUUCUCUCCUCACCCCCAAUCCCUCCAAAAAGUACUGACCGGCCUCCUCUAUUGUGUUUGCUGAUCCACAUGUGUUGGACAUAACUUUGACAUUUCUUUUAAAAAAACAAUUAAAAAUGCCAAAAACCA